GAGACCAACAAUGGAAACACACACGUGUCACAUCUUCAAACCCCAACAUAGACAAUACAAUCAAAACUCCUAACACUAAUUAAAGAUUAAAAUGAAAUUACUUUCUUAAUCUCACAAUGGAGACUCCAAGGGAAGAGGCAUUUCUAGUUAGGUAAAGUCUUGUCGGAUUGGGAUUUAGAAUUUCAAGAUGGCAGACCCUGUUAAACUUUCUUACAAGGAAACCCCACAAUAGCAACGCGCCCUACACGCGCAUGUCUCCUCCUAACAAGCAAAAUCAUAAGACAGACUAUCAUUCUACAGCUAACUUACAUAAAUGUCUUCUUAGGUUUCAAAAGCAAAGACUACCACCGCUCUAUUGAAGAUGAUAUUUUUCUUAAAAUCUUCGUCAAGAUCAGUCCAUGAUCAAGAACAUCAUCACGAGCCAGUUGCUGAGGCUGAGGUGGAGACCAGGAUUAACGAUGGCACGUGCACGUCAUUAACAGUGUGGAGGAAGUCACUUUUAAUUAGUUGCAAUGGAUUUACAGUGAUUAAUUCCUGUGGAGAUUUAGUCUAUCGCGUUGAUAAUUACAUUGAUCGUCCUGACGAGCUCGUUCUUAUGGAUGGCUCGGGAAAAUCCAUCCUCACAAUGCGUCGACGCAAGAAGCUUGGAGUGCUAGUACAUAACUGGUUUGUCUAUGAAGGUGAAGUGGGUAACUACUGUGCAACAAACAAAUUAUCAAAGAAGCCAAUUUGGUGUGUGAGGAAGAAUAUUAACAUCUUACAAACCAGUCACAAUGUGCUCGCGUAUGUUUUUCGAGGAUCCACAGAUAAAAGACAUUCGUUUGUGAUCGAAGGUUCUUAUACGCGUAGAUCAUGCAAAGUGAUAGGUGGAUCAAGAAAGGUUUUGGCAGAGAUCAAGAGGAAAGAAGCUAUGGUCGAAGGUAUUUCUUAUGGGGUAGAGGUUUUUGUUUUGAAUGUAGAACCAGGAUUUGAUCCUGGAUUUGCCAUGGGUUUGCUUUUGAUAUUGGAUCAAAUGUUCCCCUGAUUUUUACUCUUUUUUUUUUUUUUGGAUUUUGUAAUGAGAAGUAAAAUAUACAUGUCCAUAUGUUUUGGCCACAAUAUUAAGGAAAUAGAAAUACCAAUGAGCACUGAUCGGUUCAGAAUAGAGAAAUGCCAGUGGGUAUUGAGGUGACAGAUAAUCUUGGCUCCAAAGAUUAAGAGAAAAACACAUUUAAUUUCCUUAUGUUUUCCGAUCAUAGGAAUAUUGGGGAUUGCCCUCUCUCUCUCUGUUAAAUUGAUGAAAUAUAAAGUUGAAACUGCUAAUUUAAA